AUGCAGCGUUUUGCAUUCCCUGCAUUCCCCUUCCCUAGCAUGUUCGGAGGGGGAGGAGGCGGCCUAUUUGGACAACAGCAGAGCUCACAAGCCGGUGGCCUCUUUGGCGGUGGCGGUCAGCCAGCUGGAGGUGGCCUCUUUGGUGGUCAACAGCAGCAACAGGGUGGAGGUCUCUUUGGUAGCAGUCCUCAGCAGACAGCACAGGGGGGCGGCCUCUUCGGUGGAGGCGGCGGCUUUGGCCAACAACAGCAACGACCAGCUGGUGGUCUUUUCGGAGGUGGUGCUUUCGGCCAACAGUCCUCUGGGGGUGGUCUCUUCGGAGGAGGAGGGGCCUUUGGGCAGCAGCAGAACACUGGUGGAGGUCUCUUCGGACAACAACAACUAGCAGCAGCAGGUGGCGGCAUGUUCGGCCAGCAACAGGUGACAUGCACCAUACCACUCCCUAAGCAACAAGCGUCUAAUUGUACAGAACAGCGCUGGUGGUGGCCUCUUCGGUGGUGGUGGUACCGCCUUCGGAGGAGGAGGGGGCCAAGCAGCGGGCACCUCUCAAGUCAAGUACCAACAGGUCAUCGACCACGACUCACGUCUGAAGGUA